CAGAGAGAGAGAGAGAGAGAGAGAGAGAUUUACAGAGAGAAGGGUGAUGAAGCCUGCAUGGUUAGAAGGAUUAAUGGAGGAGAGUUUCUUUGGGAUAUGUGGGGUCCAUGAGAAUAAAAGAAAGAAUGAGAAGAACAUAUUUUGCUUGGAUUGCUGUCAAAGCUUUUGCCCUCACUGUCUUCCAACUCAUCACUCUCAUCCACUUCUUCAGGUGAGAAGAUAUGUUUACCAGGACGUUGUUCGAUUAGACGACCUCGAAAAGCUCAUUGACUGUUCCUUCGUUCAGCCGUAUACAAUAAACAGUGCAAAAGUGAUAUUCUUGAACCAGAGGGCACAAACCAGGUCUUGUAAAGGUCCUGCCAAUUCAUGCUUCACCUGUGACAGAAUCCUUCAAGAACCAUUCCAUUUCUGCUCUCUUUCUUGCAAGGUUGAUCACAUGGUGUAUCAAGGUGAAGAUCUGUCCACCAUUUUAUGUAGAUUUGAUGUGACUGAUUUUGCAUUCUCACAAUUCGAAGGACUUCGUAUGGAUAGUUCUGAUGUCGAUGAUCUUAGUCAAAUCACUCCAAACUCCAUUCUUGAAGACUCUUAUCAUCAUCAGUUUAAAGAUUCUUCAGGAUCUGAUUCAAGAACAUCAUCGUAUAAACCAGAUCAUGAAAGAAAGAAGAAGAAAAACAAUGAUUUUCUUCCUAAAUUCUUUUCCUUUGGUAGUAGAAGAAAGGGUGCACCUCAACGAUCACCGCUUUCUUAAGUACUGCAUGUGCAUGUUUUUAUAUAUUACUCUAAAUAUUAUUAUUAUUAGGUAUGUUAUAUUCCUUUUUCUCAUAAUAAUGUAAUGGUCUUUUUAUAAAAGGUCACUUGUUUAGCAGUAACUAUAUGUUGAUAGGAAUAUGCGGUAUGUAAGUAGCAAUUCCAUUACAACCUAUCGGUGGAUGUUUGAGGCUGUAACUUUGUUGAGCUUUAGUCUGCCAAUUUUGUAUCAAUAUUGUAAGGGAAUUUGCACAUAUGAAAAAAAAAAUAUAUAUAUAUAAAUAUGUUGC